UAUGUCUAAUGAACUUCUCAUUGAACUAACAAAAGGCAAACACUCGGCCCUCAACUCCAUAAUGGGUGCCAACUCUGGAGGUCUGGCGCUUAACAUCACAUUUGCGGGAACUGUUAGUAUCAGUGCUAAAGCAAGUGAUGGAAGAGAUGGACACGAAGUGAAGGUCUCGACCGGCUAUUUGGGAGGUUUGGGUCUUCUUCUGGGAGUAAAUGCUGAGCAAAACAAAGACUUUUCAUUGGAUUCCGAAUCCAUUCCUUCGGAUCCAUUCCUGAAGAAUAUCUACGAAACAAACCUAAACUCCCAGAAAACGUUAUCCACGUCUGAGACGGGAGUACUCGUAGCCCACGGGUCGGCCACCGGAUCCCAAAUCACGACAAACAACGGGAAACUGGAAAGUGGUUUAAUCGGAGGCUUUGUUGUCGGAUCUGUCACUAAAGUGUCCGCUAAAUAAAGUUAAACUCAAUUAAAUCUAUAAAAUAUCUUAUAUUCUAUAAUAAAGUCUAUUAAUUUGUGGUAAAACUUGUAAUCAAUAACAUUAAUAAAUGUUUUAAUAAUUUUAAGCAAACAAUGAAA